GGCGAAUUUUGAUCGUCUUCGACGGAACGCGUGGAGAUACCCAGCCGUAUCUCCUGGCAGCAAAGGCUCUGGCGCAGGAGGUUUGGCAGUUUCAAGUUCCCUUUUACUCGGUGUUUGCAGACCCAGAGAUGGCAAAGGAGUUUGCAACAGAUGAUGUGACAAAAGUGCUGGGGGCGCUUGACAAGAAGAAAGACGAAUUUCUCACAGAGUCAAGCAGGGAAAAGGACCUUGAAGCCUUGUGUACAUUGAUUCAAGAGUGGAAACCUGACUUGAUUUUGGCCGGCGCGGUGUUGCUGGCUCUGGUGAUCAUGGUCAGCAAGGUUCACAGAGUUCCAGUGGUGAGCUUCACGCUUGCACACGGGAGGGUGUGCAAGUCGUUGAAGCCGAUGUAUAUGCCCGACUGGCUUCCAAAAUUUAUGUGGUGGCCGCUUUGGCGUCUUUUGGUCUUUGCAAUGGCCAGGUCAGAGUUCAAGCAGUCGGGCCCCGCUCUGAGCAAACUCCUGGGCGUCCCAAUGGCGCAGCUCCGCUGCACUGCCAACGAGAUGAGUCGCUAUUUGUCGGCCAACGCCACUUUCCUCAGCAUCAUUGCCACCAGCCCAGCGGUCCAUGGCGAUCCCCCGCAGGACUUCAAUGGCAAUAAUGUGCAGAUAGGUGCUUUGAUGAUGCCUUUGGCGGAAGAGCGGGGCAUCAGCAGCUUUGGAUCUGAAGAGAUGCAGGCGAUACAGGAGUUCCUUGAUUCCGGCAGUGCACCUGUCUACUUCGGUUUCGGAUCAAUUAUCUGUCACACUUCGAAGUUCAUGACCCUUCUGUGCUUGAGGGCUCUGAGACUCACCGGUGAGCGUGGCAUCCUGUGCCGGGGGUGGAGCACCAUGUGCUUGGACGAUUUGCAGGGGGAGGCGGAUGAAGAGGAUCUAAAGGCAUAUUGCCAUGAGAAGGUUCUGUUCGUGGACAAGGCCCCACACGGCUGGCUCUUCCCGAAAUGUCAGGUGGUGGUGCACCAUGGAGGUGCUGGCACGCUGCACGCCAGCGCCAGGAGUGGCCGGCCCACUUUGAUUGCGCAGAUUUUUGGUGAUCAACCUGCCCAUGCUGCGCUGGUCAAUGAAAGAGGCUUCGGGCUGAGCCUGAAGUCCAUGCCGAAGGCGACGCCGCUGGAACUGGCCGACACGAUCCGGAAGUGCAUCAACACGCCGUCAAUCCAUGCCAAGGCCAAGGAAGUGGCUGAGCAGAUGAAGAAGGAAGAUGCGUCCGCGAGGUUGGUUGAAGUGAUCAAGGACUACAUGGAAAGCCACAUCCGGACGGGAAAACACAUGAAAACCUUGGAGGAACUGGAGCAGAAAAAGGGCGGCUGCUUGGCCGGCUGUUGCGCCUGUUAUGGGUCCUCUGGUGCGUCAAGCUCCAAUUAUUGA